AAAUUUCUAAUACAGUGUCCGUUUAUUUCAACGUACUCUGACAGAUUCAUAUGUCAGUAACACAUUUUUGAAAUGGCUCCCCUCACAGAUUUGCUUUCAUGUAGCAUAAUUGAAAAAGAUUCUAAUGGUGAUAUAUUAUGGACAUGGUCUUAUCCCGUAGUUUCAGAAUCGCAAAAAACGGUUGUUGCAAGAAAAUGCAAUUUAGAACUAGAACAUAAUUCCCCCCAAGUGUUUGUAUUUUCAAGACAUAUAAUGCUAAAGUUGUUUCCAAAACAGGUAAAGCAAUUUGCAUUAGUUCUGUUUGCCAAAGAUUUUAACCCACGAAAAUAUGAAGUACUAUCAAGAGUACUUAGCAAAAUGUAUUGCAAAACUGGCAAACCAACAGAAAUAUUACAAUUAUAUCUAUCUGUAUUUACAAAGGGAUCAUGUUCCACACAAGAAAAUGGAACAUUUGUUUCUGAUGACUUCAAUACUCAUUGUUUCACAGUAAACACAAAUGCCAGAGAAAUGAUCAGAACAUUUGAAUUAGAAACCAUCCUGAUAUAUACAGCUCUUCUUUUAAAAAAAAGAAUAGUAGUUUACCAUCAUAGUUUGGAACAACUUUUGAAAUGGAUUGGAAUAUUUCCUGCAUUAAUGAAACAUAGAAAAGUCACUGAUAAUUUAUUUCCUUGGGUUGAUUUAAUUGAUGAUGAAUUGGCAGAACUAAAAGGACAUUCACAUUAUAUUGCAGGCUGUAGAAACAGCUCAAUUUCAUCAAGAACAGAUCUAUUUGAUCUACUUGUAAAUAUUCCAGCUAGAGAAAUUACAGUUGCUUCACAUGCAAAAGAAAGUCUAACAAUGACAAAAACACAUAAAGAAAUAGCUCUCUUUAUGAUUCAACUAAGUGAAAAUCAGUCCUAUACAGAGGCUCAAAUAAUAUCUGAAAUAAAUGAUAAAACUCAAGAUCUAUUAAAUCAACUAAAAUCUUUGGCUGUAGUUGAAGGACCUGAUGGACGGAAGAUGGUAUCUGCGCAAACGUUGAAAGAAAAAACUUUACCGCCGGCAGUUGAAAAUUUUUUAAUCAACUUGGCUGUAGCAGAAAAUUUGUUUCUACUGUAA